GUCUAUUCCAGACUCGUUGCCUCACAGCGCGCUAUCGUUGGGCUUCCCGGCUGCUGAGUGUUUCGAUCGACCCGCUCCGUUGCCUCACUAUCGAUCCCGGAGACUCUCCUGACCCGCCAAAGAGGUGCCGUUCUCUCGGCUCGUGUGAACUUCGACUCGCAUUCCAGAACGGAUCCGCCUCGCUCCCGAUCGUUGGUCCCUAAACUGAGGGAUCCCUGACACUGGGUGUUAAGGCCUGGGCGAUCGGUGAGCGGUAGAGAGGUUCCUGUUUAGGGGCGACGCAGCUUCGCGCCUGGACCAUUCGGUAGUCAUAUAAGUAUCCCCAACAUUGUCUUCGUCGCCGCCGGGGAUGGGGUCGACAGAUGUCCCUCUAACCUCCCCUACCACCUCUCGGUCCGGUCUUGUGGAUCUUGGUGCUUCUCUGCGUCUUUGGGAUUCAACUUACACUGCUAUCACAAAGUCUGGUGCUUUUGCUUCACUCGCUCGUCUUUUUCAGGCAUAUAGCUACGAUGGCACGGUGAACUGGGGAAAAGUCGUCUUCUUGACUUCUUGUUUCGUCACCAUGGUGGGAUGCGGUGUCAUUUCUUCCGUGCUGCGCCGCAAGGCCUGGGGACAAGUUUCAGGCAAGGCACGUUUUCGUCGAACGCGCAAAGGCUUCUCCAAGCGCUCUGAAGGGAUGGUCACUUCCUCAGAUGAGGAAGACUACGAUAGCACAGGGUCUCUACGCCAUGGCACCGAAGGCACUGUUGUUGAGAAGACGGAAGUGCCUCAACAGAAGCAGAGCGAGAAUGCCCACGAUACAGAUCCAGGUCUCCUGAAGAAGCACUCAUCAUACCUGUCAUACACAACAUCUACUGCAACAUACCCUUCUAUCAGAACGUUCUUCCGUCCGCAUCCUCAAAAGGACAAAUUGCCCACCAAGCCCUCGCCGAUUCCGUUGUUGGUUUUUGUGCAUGGCUUGGGUGGAUCUCUUGCGCAGUUUAAUCAUUUGCUUACGAGUCUUUCCAAUGUCGGACCUUGCUUUGGGAUCGACCUCCCUGGAUGCGGCUUAUCGUCUUUUUCGCCCACUUCUUGGGACGCGUAUACUGUUGAAGCGCUGGCAGAAUUGCUUGCUACAGCCAUUGAGCAGCAUCGAGACAAAGAGGCAGGCCAAGGAGUGGUUCUGAUCUCCCAUAGUCUAGGCUGUUCGCUGUCGGCACUGUUAGCGUCCUCCACGUCCUCGACAGGCACUGGUCUGAAAGAACAUAUCCUCGGUCUCAUUGCCGUUUGCCCUCGUGCUGGGCCCCCGCCCCCGCAUGAUGUCGCCAAAUUCCGUCGGCUCCUCCACGUACCCAGCCCAAUCUUUGACCUCUGGCGCUACUGGGAUCGGCGGGGCGGCUUACAUAGCACCAGCGUGAACAGGCUUGUCGGCGCAGCAGCAGAUCCCGAUACCAGAGGCCUUCAAGUCCGCUAUAACAAGCAAAGCAAAACGGCCGUGUGGAGACGAAUGGCAUGGGGAACACUGCCUUCGUACGACAGCAAUGGCAAGCCCAUUGGGGGCAUCCCAGGCGAGGAUGUUUGGGCGGGUGUGCGCACGCCCGUUCUCCUAGUGGCUGGUGAAGCAGAUGCGGUAAACAAGCCUGCAGAGCUAAAAAAGAUCCUGGAGUUCUUUGGCCGAGCAGGGUGUAGCGUGGAUGACGAUGCGGAUGGAGUGUGCUCCAUUCCCGACGCAUCCGAAGUUCACGAUACGAUGCCGGCAUCAUAUGAUCGGCGGGCACACGAAGAGGAGUUCGGGGUGGAACCACAGAUUGAAGAGAAGGAGAUGACAAGUGAGUCUGAUCGUCCGGGAUCUCGGCGGUCGGUCAAGACUGUUGUCUUGCCUGCUCCGGCGUCUCAUGCACUGAUCUACGACCGUGCGACAUACCGCACUCUCGCCGGGAUCAUCCAAGAUUUUCUCAGCCAGCACAUCGAUAACCGCCUCAGCAUGGGUUGGCAGCUGCAAUAUUUGAAUACUUCCGGCAAAUGGGACGUGAAGAAUCUGGCCAAGUGGAAGAAGGUGGCACCAGUGUCGGAAAGAAUCGCUGACACCUUCGCGGCCCUCAAGAUGCUCCGGGAGGUGGACGAAGAACACAAUCCUGUUCUGUUCUCUCAAGCUUACCGCGACAAGAUCUAUGCCGUGAUUGAUAUCAGCUACGAGAAUCCGGUAUACAAUCCCGCGUCGAUGGAGAAGGGUGGCAUCCACUACCACAAGCAUCCCACGGUUUCAAAGAUCCCCCCUACUCCCGACGAGGUUCGCGAUUUCAUCGCUCUAGUAGACCGACUACAGAAUGAGAUAACAGAGAAGAUGGAGAAAUCCGGCAAUCCCGAGGGCCCACGUCCGGUGGUGGGAGUCCACUGUCAUUAUGGAUUCAACCGCACGGGAUUCUUGAUUGUCUCAUACUUGAUCGAACGGCGCGGAUUCAGUGUGCCGGAAGCGAUCGAGGAGUUCGAACGGCGACGUCCACCAGGAAUUCGUCACGAACACUUUAUUGAUACCCUAUUUGUGCGAUACUGCGUUGGGCUGAAGCGGGCGCCCACGCUGUAGGAAGACUGAGUUGGGUUUAGCAUGAAG